GGUGGCCGGCCGAGCGAAAUAGUCGAAACGAAAUACGUGUAAUAAACGUCAAAACCGUUUCGAUCGUUAAUUUCGGGCUAAUUGUUUAGAGGUCUUGUAUUAUUAGAAAUAAAAUAUUUUUAAUGUAUAAACAUAAGGUUUUAUGUGCGAAUAUAUUAUCCUAAUAGUAAGAAUUACUUGGCUAUGGCUUUAGGUUUCCGAAAGUUAAGACAGUCGUUGUUUAUCAAUACUUUACCCCGGCUUUUAGCAGGACUGUUGUUUAUUUACGUUUAUUGCGAAUAUCUCAUAUAUUAUGUAGUUCAAAUUCAGUGCGGCUUUCCUACGUUAGAGAAGAUGUCCAAUGUCCAGCCAGUUUAUGCCAUGUUAUUUGCUGAUCCCCACCUGCUGGGUCGCAAAGCGCACUGGUUGGACAAAUGGCGACGGGAAUGGCAGAUGCAUCGCGCAUUUCAAACUGCUAUGACUUUACAUAGACCAGAAAUAGUGUUUGUUUUAGGUGAUCUGUUUGAUGAAGGUGAUAAGUGUUCAGAAAAGGACUUCAAUGAAUAUGUCCAAAGAUUUCAUGAAUUAUUUAAAGUUCCUGAUGGGACAUCAUUGUACGCUGUUGCUGGAAACCAUGAUGUUGGUUUCCAUUACAAAAUAACUCCACAACUCUCUGGGCGCUGGGAGCGGCGCAUGCGCGCGCCGCCCGUGCGCCUGCUGAGCGUGCGCGGCGCGCACUUCGUAUUGCUCAACUCCAUGGCGCUGCAGGGCGACGGCUGCGACCUGUGCGCGCGCGCUGACGCUGAGAUACAUGACAUUGCAGAUAUCCUCAAGUGCAGCAGGGGGUCAACGUUAUGCAAGGGGAAGAAGAAACUAGAAAAGUACAGCAGACCCAUAUUAAUUCAGCACUUUCCCCUAUACAGGGUAUCCGACAGCCAAUGCACGGAGCCCGACGCUGCUCCCUUACCAGAGAGGGACAGCCUGUUCGUCGAACGAAGGGAUUGCCUGUCGAAGGAAUCCACUGAGUACUUAGUGGAAAGUCUGCACCCGCGGCUCGCGUUCGGUGCUCAUACGCAUCAUAGUUGCGCGCUUCGGCACAGCUUCGUGCCGACGCCGUAUCACAAGAUCGAGUUCGUGGAAUACACUGUUCCCUCGUUCUCGUGGAGGAAUAGAUUGGAUCCUAAAUAUUACUUGGUGGCCAUCAGCCCCGAGGAGGCUCGGGUGUCCAAGUGCGAGUUGCCGCGCGAAUGGACACUUCAGGUCACCGCGGUAGCACUCCUCGCUGCGCUCCUACUGUACCUCAGAUACUCCAAUACCAAGCGAAGAGACUUCAACUAUAAGCACUUGUCGGGGAAGAAAGUGUAGCAGAAGAACAAGGUAUCAGUUAACUCGUAUAACCUGACAGGGGACCCGCUGCAUAACAAUUACAUCAGCCCCUUGUGUCAUAGAAAAUGGAAAGCUGGUUGGAUGAUGUAAAGCGCGUCCGCAUCCCGCGACCAAAGUUCGGGACAAAAUAC